UUAAAAUAGUUCGCACUCUAUGCAACAAUUCGCACCUCUUCCUUUCCAUUCUUCCUCGUUGCAGCAACAGCAGCAGAAGAAAUGGACCGAAGCCGUAUAAAACUACUCAUCCUCAAUAUCCUACUUCUCUUCAUCUUCUCAGGGACGAAGACGAUAGAAGGGGCGCGAGUGUUCACCAUCGUCAACUACUGCAAGACCACUAUUUGGCCGGGGAUCACGCCGGGGGAGUACUUUAAUGGCGGUGGGUUCGCCCUCAAGCCUGGCGAAUCGGUGGUGUUCAACGCCCCGGCCGGUUGGAGCGGCCGCAUCUGGGGCCGGACCGGCUGUAACUUCGACCAGGAUGGCCACGGCACGUGCCAGACCGGCGCCUGCGGCUCCAACCUCAAGUGCACCGCCUCCGGCGAGACGCCGGCCUCGCUCGCCGAGUUCACCCUCGCCUCCCUCGACUUCUUCGACGUCAGCCUCGUCGACGGCUUCAACCUGCCCAUGACGGUGACGCCCGUGAAUGCGCAGGGAGGCGGCAACUGCAGCGUCGCAGGUUGCGACGGGGACCUGCGCGACAACUGCCCGUCUGAGCUCGCCGUGAAGGCAAAUGGCCAUACGGUGGCCUGCCGGAGCGCGUGCGACGUGUUCAAAACGGACCAGUACUGCUGCAAGGGCGUGUUCGGGAAUGCAAUGACAUGCCAGCCCACCUACUACUCGAAGCUCUUCAAGAAGGCGUGCCCCGGCGCCUACAGCUACGCCUACGACGAUCGCUCGAGCAUCCUCACAUGCACCGCCGCUGAUUACAUUGUCUCUUUCUGCUCCAAAAGCCGGGAUCAGAGAGUAUGCACCUACCACAUCAACAAAUUGGUUUGCAGUGGAUCAUUCAGAAGAGCAUCUACAGAGAAAUGGCUGCUUUUGCUGUUGUUAUGCUUUGUGUGCUUGUUGUGGCCAUCUUUGUAGCUGUGACAACUAAUUAUUUUCCUUUCAUUUCUUUGUUUUUUUUUUAUUAUUUAUUUAUUUCUGAAAUGGCUCGACAGCAGGAUGGCCUGCUCUAAAAGAUGAGAAUUAUUCAUUUGGUAGGGCACGAGAGAAUGAUGCACGUGGUCAAGAAUCAUGCUUCAGCUCCUUGUAAAAUAGUAUGUAUGGCAUUCAAGAGAUUCUUUAGUUUAAGUAUCAAGUUAUUUCUUCUCGAUGAUUAAA